GGCGGCGGCGGCGGGUGAACUGACUGCUGCGGGACGUGUUUCAACAGAUGGUCGAGGUUGGAGGGUGUCAUCACAUCGGAGAGGGGAUUAGAGGAGAGAGGUUGUCUUCCAGGAGCUGUGUGGUCCCCCCUCAGUCCUCCCUCCUCAGCGCCAUCAAGUCCUCUAUGAGCGCACGGAACACUGGCAAGACUCCUUUUGCUGCACGCUGCCAGCCUGCCCUGCUCGGCUCGGCUCUGCCCUGCCUGCCAGCUCGCCUGCUUCUUUUCUUCGCUUCACCCCUGGAGCCGCUGAACCCAUUCAGCCUCCGCCAGCCAGCCAGCGCGCCCGCCCGCCCCUCCUCUAGCCGUGCGGCGGACCAACUUGGCCUCCGGCCACCGUCGCGUGGACGGACCUAAGUUGAGCACAGUCGGGCGUGAGUGAGCGGCCCGGGCGGACCUCCCUCCCUCCCCUCGACCCGACUAAGCGCUCCCCAAACAUCCAAAAUGCUGCCGCGGUGGCUGUCCUGCCUGGCGCUCCUCUGGUGCUUGGCUCCCGGCGUCUCGGCCUACGCCACCACCCGGGCCCAGGGCCUCAGGGGCCGCAUCCAGAGGGACCGCCGCAACAUCCGGCCCAACAUCAUCCUCAUUAUGACUGAUGACCAGGAUGUGGAACUAGGCUCUCUGCAGGUCAUGAACAAAACCCGCAAGAUCAUGGAGGACGGCGGCACCUCCUUCACCAACGCCUUUGUCACCACGCCCAUGUGCUGCCCGUCACGCUCCUCCAUGCUGACGGGCAAGUACGUCCACAACCACAACACCUACACCAACAACGAGAACUGCUCGUCGCCCUCCUGGCAGGCUCAGCACGAGCCGCGCUCCUUUGCCGUCUACCUCAACAACACCGGCUACAGGACAGCCUUUUUCGGCAAGUACCUCAACGAGUACAACGGCAGCUACAUCCCGCCUGGGUGGCGCGAGUGGGUCGGACUCGUCAAAAAUUCCCGCUUCUACAAUUACACCGUCUGUCGGAACGGUUACAAGGAGAAACACGGCGCCAAUUACGCCAAGGACUACUUCACCGACCUGAUCACCAACGACAGCAUUAACUUCUUCCGCAUGUCCAAGAGGAUGUACCCGCACCGUCCGGUGAUGAUGGUCAUCAGCCACGCCGCCCCCCACGGCCCGGAAGACUCGGCCCCGCAGUACGCCGAGUUUUUCCCCAAUGCCUCUCAGCACAUCACGCCCAGUUACAACUACGCCCCCAACAUGGACAAGCACUGGAUCAUGCAGUACACGGGCCCCAUGAAGCCCAUCCACAUGGAGUUCACCAAUUUCCUCCACCGCAAGCGGCUACAGACCCUCAUGUCCGUGGACGACUCCGUACAAAAGGUUUACGACAUGCUGGAGGAGACGGGCGAGCUGGACAACACGUACGUCAUCUACACCGCCGACCACGGCUACCACAUCGGUCAGUUCGGGCUGGUCAAGGGCAAGUCCAUGCCGUACGACUUUGACAUUCGCGUGCCGUUCUUCCUGAGAGGGCCCAACGUGGAGCCCGGCGCAGUAAAUCCUCACCUGGUGCUCAAUAUCGACCUCGCGCCGACCAUCCUCCACAUUGCCGGGCUAGACACGCCCCCGGACAUGGACGGAAAGUCCAUCCUUAAGCUGCUGGAGCAGGAAAGGACCGGCAAUAGAUUCAAACCCAACCGGAAACCCAAAGUCUGGAGGGACACAUUCCUUGUGGAGCGAGGGAAGAUCCUCAGGAAGAAGGACGACUCGGCCAGCACCCAGCACACCAACAGCCUGCCCAAGUACAUGAAAGUGAAGGAGACGUGCCAGCAAGCCGAGUUCCAGACGCCGUGCGAGCAGCCGGGACAGAAGUGGCACUGCGUGGAGGAGAUGACGGGCAAGUGGAGGAUCCAGAAGUGCAAGGGCGGCUCCAAGGAGGGCGGCUCCAAGGAGGGCGGCUCCAAGGAGGGCGGCUCCAAGGAGGGCGGCUCCAAGAGGGCCCGCAGCCUGAGACCCCGCAGCAGCUACGACACCCAGGAGAGGGGCUGCCACUGCUCCGACGCGCUCUACAAGGCCUCCAGGUUGGAACGGCGCUCACACCGCCAGACUUCCCCCGGACAGCGUUAUCGGCCGCGUUUCGUCCACACGCGGGCCGCCAGGUCUCUCUCGGUGGAAUUCGAGGGGCAGAUCUACGACGUGGACCUGCAGGCCGACGACCGAAGCGCCGUACGACGCCGCGCCCUCACCAAGCGCCAGCACGCGCCCGAGGACGAGACGGACUCGGGUUCGGACGACGGCUCCGAGGAGAUGCUGGCGGACGACACCAACGCGGUCGGGUACCCUAAGUCCCUGAAGGUCACCCACAAGUGUUACAUCCUGAUGAACGACUCGGUCCACUGUGAGAGGGAAAUCUACCAGUCCUCCAGAGCCUGGAAAGACCACAAGAGCUACGUGGACCAAGAGAUCGAAGCGCUUCAAGACAAAAUCAAAAAUCUGCGGGAAGUCCGAGGCCAUCUGAAGAGGACGCGGCCAGAUGAAUGUGACUGCGGAAAGAAAAGUUUUUACAGCAAAGGGGAGAGAAGCAAGGCUGAGAGGUUGAAGAAUAGGAAUGAUCAGCUGCAUCCGUUUAAGGAGUCGGCGCACAAUCUGGACGGCAAGACGCAACUGUACAACGAGAUCCGCCGGCGCAAAAAGGAGCGCAAGGAGAAGAAGCGUCUGAAGAAGGGCGACGACUGCAGCCUGCCGGGCCUCACCUGCUUCACCCACGACGACGACCACUGGCAGACCGCCCCCUUCUGGACACUGGGCGGCUUCUGCGCAUGCACCAGCUCCAACAACAACACUUACUGGUGCCUGAGGACCAUCAACGAGACGCACAACACACUCUUCUGCGAGUUCUCCACUGGCUUCCUGGAGUAUUUUGACCUCAACAGCGAUCCCUACCAGCUGACCAACGGCGUGUACGAGGUGGAUCGCGACGUGUUGAACUCUCUUCACGGCCAACUGAUGGAGAUGAGGAGCUGCCAGGGCUACAAGCAGUGCAACCCCAGACCCAAAGGCUCGGACGCGGGGCACUCUGGGACGGACGACAGGGUUAAACUGCCCAACCUGACGGAAGAGGACGUCAACUGGCAGGGACUGGAGGAUCUGUAUAGCAUCAACGAAAGCCUUUACGACUGGAGGCCCGACUACAGCCCGGGAGCGGACGACUGGGCCAACUUCCGCAAGGACCUGGACCGCCUCUUUCAACCGCCUGUUUUUUUUAACCAAUCCCGCCCCACGCUGGACGACGAGCUGGGCUCUGGGGCCGCGGGCAGCGGAGAGGAGGCUGGGGAUGUCUGGCCAGGCCAGGACGUCUGGUUUAGGGGAGACCUUCCCAGGGUCAUCGCGCUCAGCCCUCCGCCGUCACAAGAGAACAAACCCGAUCCCGUUGUCAACGACUUACCCGAGAGGAACGCAGUCCAACCCCAGGGGGACGCCGUACCCACUUCCAUCCUAUUGCCGACACCCGAGCCAGAUCCCGUUAUCAGCGACCCGUCGAAGAGGCAACGAGAGCGGGAGACGGGGCAGCGACCCCGGUGCGUUACUCCGGGGGGCGGCGGCGGCGUCAUUCCCGGCCCCAGCUCAACGCCAGCAUCCUCCCCGCCGAAGAAACAGGACCCCGUUCAGACAGACUCGCUCCAGGUGCCGAGGUCGUGGCCCCAGGUUGUCCCGCCGACGCCCUCGUCUGCUCCGACGCUUGAGAAGAAACCAGAUCCUGUGGCCAAGAGGCAAAGGGGGGGGCGGCCUCAGGUUCCGGUGCGCCAGCUGGAGGAGCUGGAUGGGGACGUGUUUAGCGGCGAGGGCCCGACCGAGCUGCACACACGGCACGACGCUAUCCUGCGCGCUCACAACGCCCGAGAGCUCCACCCCACCCACGUGGACGCCACUCACCCCGGCACCAUUAACGACGAGGGCGACAUUUUCCAGGACCAAGGCUUCCUCCCUCUGCGGCCCAACGUGAGGUCCGGCACUACCGGGAGCCCCCGAGACCGGCCCGCCCCGCCGAGUCGGGGCGCCGCAGUGCCGCCCCUCGCGUUGGUCUUGGAGGGCAGCGGCUCUCUGCCUCAACCAAGCGAUCCGCAACUCUGACCAGACACAUGACUGACACGUCAGUCAUUCAGACUUGCAUAAUGACUUUCAAAGGUAUUUUUUUACUUUAUUAUUAAAUUUAUUAUUAGCUGACAGUGUUAUGAUUUCUUUCAAGAAAAAAAAAUUAUAUAUAUAUAUAUAUAUUUAGAUCAAAGCCUUAAUGCAGCUAAGUGUUGGGAUUGAAAUGGAAUAAUUCCAUGCAUUUUGUUUUUAAGGAGUGUGAGUGCGCGGGAAAAAAAACAACGCUCCCCAAUGCACUUUGGAACUUUUUUUAAUGAUGUCCCUUUUUUUGAAAUAUGUUGGAUGCUACGGUACAAGAGAUUUUGUUGUUUUGUUUUGUUUUCCACUGGUUUAGCUCAUAAAAUGUUGACUUAUUUACAUUGUAAACACAUUUAAACACUUGAAAUUGCGUGUAUGUGUGUGUGUGUGGAAGGUUCGUGUCCCAUUAGUCAUAAAUAAUAGCAAUCAAAAUGGAUUUUCAGACACUAAUUUCAAUCAAUUACAUUCACUUUUGCACAUUGCUUUGGAUUGUAAGGCAUGGUGCUCCUGUAUGAUCGUGCGUGCGUGCGUGCGCCCGAGCGAGCGAGCGAGCAGAUGCUGGUUGCUGGAAAGCCAUGACAAUAAAAACCUCUCAACCA